UUACCACCAGUUCCAUGCUCAGCAUCGUUCAGUUCAGUUUAAGUGGCCUACCAGUGCAUACCCAGUUUCAAACGAUCAACAACAUCAACUUAUUUUUUCCACAUUUACUGCCAAGCGAACCAGUUUGGACCAUCUCCAAAUUCCAGCCGAACGCAUCAGUACUGUGAUAUAUCUGCGAUCAACAACAGCGUCUUGGAGUAGUUCCAAAGGGACCCAGCCUUCCUAGUGAAACAAUCGUGAUAUUUUCUGUUACCUACCAAACCACCAAACCAAAUCAAGUUCAGUUCACGUUCGAUUUGUCCGUGUAUUGCGAGCAGUCGAACGUAUUUCGCCCCACGCGAUGGCACCAACCAUCCACAAAGAGGAGCAUUUCUCCACCACGAAUCUCAAGUGGAAGAUGACUCUUGUUCAACCAUCCGGAGAACUGAGCGCCAAGAUCAAGGAAGAGUUGCGCGAGCCAGCGAACCCAGCCGACAUCGAUCGGGAUAUUGCCAUCAUCCGCGAAUGGCUUGAAAUGCAACCCCAUCUACCAAAGGAUAUGGAUAAUGCCCGCUUGCGUACCUUCCUGCGAGGAUGCAAGUUCAGCAUCGAACGCGUCAAGCAGAAGCUGGACAUGUACUACACAAUGCGCAAUGCCGUACCGGAGUUCUUCACCGAUCGCGACGUCAACCGCCCCGAGAUGUCCGAGAUUCUGAAUGUGAUUCACAUGCCACCACUGCCAGGAUUGACUCCAGCUGGUUGCCGUGUGGUGAUGCUCCGUGGUACCGACAAGGACAUCACUACCCCGAAUGUCAUCGAGUCGAUGAAGCUCACGCUCAUGAUUGGUGACGUCCGUUUGGCUGAGGAAUCGGUCGGCGUUGCUGGUGAUGUGUACAUCCUGGAUGCCAGUGUUGCCACUCCAACACACUUCGCCAAAUUCACUCCCACACUGGUCAAGAAGUUCCUCAUCUGUGUCCAGGAGGCCUACCCAGUUAAACUGAAGGAAGUCCAUGUGAUCAAUGUAUCGCCGAUCGUUGACACCAUCGUCAACUUCGUCAAACCAUUCCUGAAGGAAAAGAUCCGCGAGCGUAUCCACAUCCACAGCUCCAUGGAGGAUCUGUACAAGUUUGUACCGAAGUCUAUGCUACCAUCUGAAUACGGCGGCGAUGCCGGAGCGAUCAAGGACCUGAACGAGCAAUGGCGCUGCAAGUUGGCCGAAUACACCACCUGGUUCAAGGAGCAGGAAGCCAGCAAGGCCAACGAAUCACUCAGACCGGGUGCCCCCAAGACCGCCGACGAGCUGUUUGGUAUGGAUGGUACCUUUAGACAACUGACCAUCGAUUAAGUCGUGGUCACCAUUCAUUACCGUUUAUCCACAUCGUCCACACCCAAAAGUGCCCCCAUUCCGAAACAACGAAGUAACCAACAUUAGCGAAAAUUAAAAAUAACCAUUUUCAUCUCACCAAACUUCAUCUUCUAAACAUCUCAUGUACUCCUAGUUGACCAAAUCUCAAUAGGACGCUCGAAAAUCCGUUGUUAGAGUCUAGAUUCUCAUUUCCUGUUGUGUCAGAAUCACUAGAGAAAAAAAAAGUCUAGUCCACCGGAGGACUUGGUAGAUUUCAGGACCAUAUGUCCAAAUAGUUUGCGUGCGUGUGCUUGGUCUCGGUUAUCGCGUUAGUUUGGAUUUAUUUUUGAAUCAAUUCUGUACAUGUGCAGUUUAUGCUUAGCGAAAUGCCUAAUCUUGCGUGCACUCAACACCCAUAACCAAUCGUAUGCUGCGAACGGAAUAAACUAUUCCAUACUGAGAUUUGAGAUUCGAUAACACGUUGAAAAUAAUACAUUGUAUCGAGCAGUCAGUUUUUGUUUUAUUGUAUUUUUUUUUGUUUGUAUGUAUUUUGCUAUUAAAGACUAUCUUGUUCAGAGAAA